AUGUCGACGAUUGAUUUCAGCCAAAAAAUAAAUUCUACAAGUACACGUCGUCGCGUUGCUAUUAUUGGUGCCGGCCUUGUUGGAUCACUAUCUGCUAUAUAUUUCGCGAAACGAGGCUGGGAUGUUUUACUUUUUGAACUCAGAAAAGAUUUAAGAGUUCCAGAAAGUACGCCCUCUUAUUUACAUAGAUCCAUAAACUUGGCUCUCUCAGCUCGAGGUAUAAGUGCAUUAAGGAUUGCUGGGUCGAAUCUUAUUGAUGUGGUGCUUAGUCAAGCUACUCCUAUGAAAGGAAGAAUGAUUCAUACAGGAGAAGGGAAAUUGCAUAGUCAACUUUAUGGUACAUUUGGAGAGUGCACAUAUUCAGUUGAUCGUGCAAAAUUGCUCAUGUUGCUUUUAGACAACGCUGAGGAAUUCAAAAACGUAAAAAUUUAUUUUGAACAUCGAUUGAAACGAUGCGAUUUUGAUGCUGGAGUGUUGGACGUAGAAAACAUAAACGAAGGAACCUCAUCCAAAAUUGAGGCAGAUUUAGUCGUUGGCGCAGAUGGUACGUAUUCUACAGUCAGAACCCAAUUGAUGCGUGUUGUCCGAAUGAACUACCAACAGGAAUUUAUUUCGCACGCGUAUUGUGAACUAAGGAUUCCGCCUAAAAGAAAUGAGAAAGGUGAAUUUGAAUUCGCGAUGGACCCGCAUCAUUUGCAUAUUUGGCCGCGGCAUACUUUUAUGCUUAUUGCAUUGCCGAAUUUGGAUAAAUCUUUUACUUGUACUCUAUUUAUGCCAUACGAACAAUUUGAUGCAAUCAAAACAGAAGGCGAUUUGAUAGCAUUCUUUCAACUGUAUUACCAGGAUGCUCUUCCUUUAAUUGGGGAGCAAAAUAUCAAGAAAGAUUAUUUCCUUAAUCCGAAAGGUUCUUUAAUUUCUAUUAAGUGCAGUCCUUAUCACUACAAAGAUCGCGUUGUAAUCAUAGGAGAUGCUGCACAUAGCAUGGUUCCAUUUUUUGGACAGGGCAUGAACUGUGGAUUCCAGGACGUAGAAAUCCUGUACGAAAUUCUCGAACAGCACAACAUAAACCCCGAAAAACCCCAAAUAAAUAAUAUUAACACUGAUAAUACAAAAGAAAUGAAAUUCCGCAAAGAUCUAGAACGUGCACUUGACACGUACACACAGUUCCGACACAUUGAUGUGACGGCAAUCUGUGAUCUAGCAAUUGCGAAAGAAAUUCGGGGGAUGGUUGCAUUGGCUGUUCCCGAGUCGCAUAAUUCCGCUGUACACUAUGGUAAGCUUUUCCACUAUGCGGUAUUCGGAAGUUCAGCGGAAAUGGAAACGACAAAAUUUUUGGGCGAAUGUGGUCGGCGGAUCGACCAUUUUGGCUACUUUUGUGAUGUUGGUGUUGGGAUUGCGGUAUGGCAAUUAUAA